AAUGACCGUAAUGGUGUAUUGGCAACACCGGCCGGGUGACUUGUCAAAAAACAGCUGUGUAAUUUAAAAUUAAAAUAAAAUAGAAAAAUAGUCAAAAUAGCCCUUAAAAGUAUUUAAUAUAGUAGUAGUGGUCAUAAAUAUAGUGUACAAAUGUUUGUGGCGUCAUUGUAGAAGGAUAACUGAUAAAAGUCUACAUCACACGGAGGCGGUCAGCUGUCAACCGCUCAAUUCAAAUUAUUUGGAUUUUUACGGGAAGUAUCUUUCUAUUACAUUUGUGUCACACUUUACUGCAUCAGUUCCACAACUGCAGAUUGUAUUAUUUACAUUACAUAUCGGAUUUACGUCAAAAACAAAGUCAACCUUGUAACCUACCCUAACAUUGCAAUAAAAAUAAAAAGCGAGUAAAAACCAAAGAUAACUUUCUCCUGAUUGCUUAUACAAGUAAAUCAAUAUAUUAUCGGAUAAAUUACAUGUUCCUUUAACGGUUAAUUUUAAUAAAUUACACAUUUAAUAAGCAUCACGUUUACAGAAUAAAUAUAUCUUUUCAUAUCUCUUCAUUUCAAUUUCGUGCAUAAUUUUUUAUCAAUCUUAUGCUGUUCUUUGCUGUGUAAUCUUAAAGCUACUGAAUGCAUACUUGAAACUAUCAGUCAUCUAGUGAACUUAACCUGCUAUUCUUUUCUGUCUUUCUCAUCUUGGUUACUUCACGCUUUCAGUAAAUACCUGACACCAUGUCCAUUAAGACACGAAAGGCUACUGUCAAAGACAUGGAGGUAAAACUGAAGGACACCCUGGAAGAGCUGAAAACAUCUAAGGAGCUCUGUGGACAACUGUUGAGGGAACGUGAUGAGAGCGAGGAAGAAAUACAGAACAUUAUUAACAAAAACUCAGGCUUGAAGUCUCAACUUGCCGAGUUACACAUUCAAUAUAUGGAUGUGCUGGAUCAGCGGGAUAGGUUACAGAUACACGCAGAUGGCAGCUCUGAAGUGGACAACAAGUGUUUUUUUUUUAUAUAUAUAUAUUUUGCGACUAAUAUUGAAUUGUAUAAUUGUAAUUUAAUUAUAAUUAAAUUGUAUUAGACAGCUGUGUUGCUGGGAAGUUUGUUCUUCACCACUUCUUCUUCCCAGCCAUAACACUAGGAAGUGGUGAAAGGGGGGCGUUUUGGGGGUGCUGUCAUUUUGUAUUUUUUGACGUGAAAAAGUGCUAGAAUCUAGCCUAUUUUCAAUAAACGAUUUUGACUUUGACUUUGACUUUGACCAACUUACGAUUUUGAAACAAAACUAUGACCAUUCCAGCAUUUUGCUAUGUUAACUUUUCAUACGUAUUUCCCUGUGUUAUUUUAAUGUUAAGUUGAAUAAAUGCGUAAUUAUUUGUUUUUCUGAUCAAAAUAGUGUCCGAGAUGAAAAUAGUGUCAAAAGAAGACGAAGUUUCAAUGUCAUCUUCCUAUAACAUAACAAUUAGGCGAUUUUGCAUUCGUUUAGUUGUACACUCUAUUGAUUGUAGUGAUGCCACUGUAACCAAUGUUGCACUUCACUGGCUCAUCGUUUGACGCAAAAUGGCAGCUUUUUGACAUUUUGGCGCCUUGACGUGACAUGUUUUUGACGUUAUAUUUUGGGAUUUAUUACUUGUCAAGUCCCCGCUGUGUGUGUUAUUAUUUAAUUUGGAUUUAAAUUUCUGAUAAUUGCAUACUUACCCAAUGAACAUUGACAUUUCUAAAUCUUCGAGCUAUCCUUAUGAACAAAGAUAAAAUAAUCUCAAACGAAAUGGUGGCCACGAAGAAUAAAAAUAAAGUGUUGUGUUCUACACCCGAACAUCGGGCAGACUCGCCUUCCAGAGACAGCGACUCCAUCUGUGACUCUGAGGCAGCCAGCCCGGUGCCAUUUCUCUGUACACAAGAUGGAGCAGAAGGAGAAACUGAUGUUGUUUGGAACUUCUACACACCAAAAUCUGAGCAUGCAGCAAAAUCACGAAUAAAAAAUUCGACGCCAGUGAGUCGUCGAUCUAAAAGAUACGUAAAGCCAAAAAUAGUUGAAAGACAACCUCCAAAACGAAGAGCACUUAAGCAAACUUCACAGAAAAAGACUGAAUUGUUCCAAGAACUUAUAGAACUGAAUCAAAAUCUGCUAGAGUUGAUGUCCAAGAAAUCACAAAACAAUUGUACAGAGAAAGUAAAUUCAGGCAGUGAAGAUGAUUUCAUGACUGAGUCACCAGAGUUCUCACCUAAAGCUAGAACAAGGAGUAAUUCCAGAUGCUUAAGGAGAAAUGUACUAAGUUCUAACUUUGUCAAACCAGAUCCAGAAACAGCAUUGGAAUCAGAUGACUCUAUGAAUGAGUGCCUUAUUAAAGCCAGCCAGGUGGUAGAAGAAAAUAUUCUCAAUGAAGCUCCUGCUGUAAAAAGGCCAUGUUAUGAAUCAAGUAUCAAAAAACCAGUAAUCAAUUCAGACAUAAACUUCAAAAUGGACCAAGACUCGAUGGAUGCUAUACUGAACAGCAUUAAACUAGAUUCUCCAAUUGUUAAAAAUGUUACAAAAUGUUCUUCCCCACAAUUGAAUAAUGAUUCAUUUGAUAGCCUUGUUGGAAACUUGAAUGAUAGUGCACUGGACCGAUUGACUCAGAUGCCAGUUAAAAUGGACACUUCAAAAAGAAAAAGUAAAUUGAAUACAUCAAGAGAGGGAAGCAGUUGGACAAUUAAAGAGUUGGUUGUUCAUGAUGGCAGUCCAUCUUCUAAGUCUAUAUUUAGUCGCCACAGCUCUAUGCCCAUAUCACCAACUGUUAAUGAUAAAAAUAAGCCUUCAACAAGUGGAAUGGUUUUCGGAAGAUAUAAUUCAAUGCCUUUUGGUAAUGAGGCUGAAAAAGCAUCAGUUCAAGGGGAUUCACCGAUCAGAUGUACGCCUGAGGAAAUAAAAAAGAAGCAUCAGUUGGCCAGAGAAAAAUUGUUAGCAAAGAGGCUUCUACCAUUUACAUCAUCACAAAAAAUUCCUCAGCCCCUCAUAAGUUCUCAAAUGACCCAACCAAUAAUGCCAAAGAUUACUGAAGAAGUUAAGGCUCCUAAAAAGUUACCAGAAACGCUUCCAACUAAGAAGGCCCUAUUUCAACCAAAAAUUGCCAGUAGUGUGAUAAAUGUUCAGAAUAAACCUGCUGCUAAUUAUCAACAGAAACCUAUAAGCAGCUCUGUAGAUCUCAAAAGUAUUAUUGAAAAGAAAAGACAGGAAGCUUUGAUGAAACUACGACGCCGACAAAUACAAAGCAAAUGAUUAAUCGUUGGAUAUUUAUAUUGUAAUUAAAAUUAUGUUUUGUUUGAUUUAUAUUAUUUUAACUAAGACAAGUAGUGCCUAUUUUGUAAUUUUAAAUAUUGCCACGUGAUAAAUACUAUCUAAAUAAAAAUGUGAUUAGAAGAA